AUACUGAAAUUCAGAAAAUACUCUCAGUAUUUCUGUGGUAAAAUAUGAUUAGAGUAUUAAUGAUAUUGAUUCAUUGUGAUUAUAACGGAAGCUGUAUUACCAAUUGAAUAUGGAAGGUCUCCUCGAUAUAACAAAUGUUUAUUUAGGGCUUCUGUACUGAUAACAAUACCUACUCAUCCCAGCUCGACUGAGCAUGCUCAAUUAGUAAGAUAGCGAACAAAACAAAUAACGUCUAAUCCUAUCACUUAUCUGUACCUGAUCAAUAUCUGUAAGAGGUCACCUUUGAUUUGAUCAAACAACUAGACAGUUCGACAUUGUGCAGCUAGCUUGGCUUGGGUCCAAUUCAAUGAAAUCAACUGAACGUAAGGUAUGCAUGACUCCUAGUUUAAAAGUGCCGGUAAUAAUCAACUCAAGAUAAAGAUAAUGUUCUGGCAGUGGCCUGGGUCCAUGGAACAGGCCUAACUGGACUAGAAAGACGGGUGACUUCUCACGGUUUUACCUCCACAUUUCAUCUCAUGACGUUUAACCCCUGAAGCCCUGAGAAAUCUAGUGCUACGCUUCACCUUGGCCUGACUUAUGUUAUAUCUGUAACCCUAAUUGUUCCUUUGACUCGUUUACAUAUUGUUUGCUCAGACACUAGUUUAUCAACACUAGUUUAUCAACACAUACUCUAAACGGUAUCAGCGCCUAAAUGCUAAAACUUUUUGUAACCUUCUAUCCGGGGAUGAAACGCCGAAAUUUUGAUCUCGAUAGGUAGAACUCUGUUCGCUGACUAAAUGUAUCUCUUAUCAUAGUCGAUUCUUUCAAAUUGGAUGAUACCUAUGCCAUUGUUAAUUGUACAGUCCUUUUUCCCGUGAAAUUUGUGUGGGUUACAAUGGAAUAACCUCAAACUUGUUAUCUGUAAAUAGUACUAGCUAACCUUGACACCUUGAUUAAAACGAUUUAUGUGAGAAUGACAUCUUUUUAACAAAAAAAAGUUCAAUUGUUCUGAACUGUAAAUACUAUUUUCUAAUUUUCGUAGAACUCCAACCCAGUAGCUCAAUAGGUCGUCCGAUGUCAAAUCUUUUUGAAGAAAGGAACAUAGAAGAUGUGUACGACAGUUCAGGUGAUCACACGAGAAUUAAGAACUUGAUAUCCAAGUUCAAACAGAAGUUUGGCGAGGAACCCGGCUUUCUCGUUCGAGCACCGGGCCGAGUAAACCUGAUAGGAGAACACGUGGACUACUGCGGGUUCCCCGUCCUGCCCAUAGCCAUACAGCAGGAUGUGGUUAUAGCGGGUAGAGCUGACCCCUCUGACCGGGUGUUAACCGUAUCCAGCUCUAAUGAUAGCUUUCAGGAGUACUCUUGUAACAUCAGGGAUGUUCAGGUAACAGAAGUAAAGUGGUACUCUUACGUAUUGGCGGGGUACCUGGGUAUUGCUCAACGGAUCAACUCUCUGCCGCCAGGGCUGCAACUCAUGGUUGAUGGUACAGUUCCUAUGUCUGCUGGUUUGUCGAGCUCAUCUGCCCUUGUCUGCGCUUCAGCCCUUAUGUCAGCCCUCUUCCUUAAGGAGGAGACACUAAAAAGAGAAGCCAUGGCUGAGAUUUGUGCUAAAGCUGAGAGAUACGUGGGAACUGAGGGUGGUGGUAUGGAUCAGGCAAUAUCAUUUCUGGGAGUAAAAGGGAAAGCUCAGCUGAUAAACUUCAACCCUGUGCGCUGUGAGACGGUGUCCUUGCCGGACUCUGUUACAUUUGUGGUUGCUAAUUGUAUGGUCAACAAGUGGAAAGCAGAUGGAACUGAUUUUAAUAACAGGGUAGCCGAGUGCAGACUUGCUGCUGAUGUUAUAGCCACUGAACUGGGGCUUGACUGGAAUCACAUUAAAAAGCUGCAACCGCUGAUGGUCGCCACAAACAUGACUCCCAAGGAGUUGUUAGAAAGCGUAGAAGAACAUCUCCACCCAGGAGCUUACACUAAGGACGAAAUAAUGGGUAUUCUAGGAGUGGAUGAUUCGACGUUUGCCUCGAUUAUUGGGAAAAGUUCUAACGAAGUUUUCCGGCUGUACGAUAGGGCAGUGCACGUAGCGGGGGAAGCUUCUAGAGUAGCUGAGUUCAGACGCAUUUGUGAUGAGAAUCCUGCCGAUAUCCAGGGACUAGGUAGAUUGAUAGACGAGUCACAUCUUAGUCUGAAAGACAAGUACAACGUCAGUAUUGAGGAGUUGGAUAAUCUUACUCAGAUUUGUAGAGACGCUGGAGCACUAGGGUCUCGUUUAGUUGGAGCUGGAUUUGGUGGUUGUACUAUUUCCAUGGUUCCCAAAGAAAUUGCGGACGAGUUCAUUAGCCAAGUCUGGGAAGCGUACUACAAACCUCUUAACAUCUCUUUUGAAGAAGCUACCUCAAAACACCUGUUCGUUUCGUCUCCUUGCGCUGGAGCAUGCGUUCUCAAAGUGCCAUCCUAGUUCACUACUUCAGAACUUAUGGAGAAUUGAUUAGCAUAGCUUUGUGCUAAACACGAUACUAAAACAGAAUAGUGCAUGGGGGUUGGUUAUAGGUUAUGUUUGCCUAUUUCUAUGAAAACGGGCUGAGUUUUAAAUUUUAGUUUGAUUGAAUGCAUUAUUAUUAUUCAAUUUUAUUUUUUGUCACUGUUAUGUAAUUAUGUAGAUAGUUAUGAUAGUUAUGUAGAAUUUGUAUAUGAUAUCUUUCUUUCUUAGGAUUUUGAGUGUUAGCAUACAUUUAACGCAUGAUAAUCACGUUUGUAAUUUGAUUAAUUUAAAGGAAUAUUUUUAUUUUUAUUGUAAGCUUUUGAAUAUAUGAAGUCUUAUUGUAUAUGCACGUUGACGUAACCUCAAGUUAG